AUGCCUGCCAUCCAAGGCUUCAGUGCCCUUCGGGCUCGGUCCUACGUUCUGCGACUCCCGCUAUUCACUAGGGCGCUUGCUAUCGUUAUUUUGCUCUUCUGGCUGUUGAGCCUGCCUUCCAUAUGGGACAUAAGCAGCUGGGGAGCCUUGAUCCCUGACAAGGUCUCCUUCGUGUCUGCAUACCGACUCUCGACUUUUCCGUUGGUGCACUCGAACCUGAUACAUGCGUCGCUCAAUGUAAUCGCUUUGACGCCCCUGAUGGAGCGCUUUGAGAGCGAGCACGGCACGCUGACGACACUGGCGCUCUUCUUCGGACCCUUGACAACCAUACCGGCCGUUCUGUAUCUGGUCAUCGAGGUCGGCAUACUUCGUGGAAAUCACGCCGUUAUGGGAGCGAGUAUGUGGGUGUUCCUGCUUCUCGGGGCCGAAGCAAUCCGGACGUACCGGUCAAAUCCGCACCUCGUCAUUGCAACCUACCAUUUACCGACAUGGACGACACCACUACUCAUGAUAUUUGUCGUUGCCGUUUUGAUACCAAACACGAGUCUACUUGGACACCUAUGUGGCGUUGGUGUCGGCUAUCUUGCCGGUCUAGGCUAUGUCAAGUUUCUCGCACCUCCUGAGUGGGCGCUACGCUGGAUAGAGACGCGGCUCAAUCUCCUGGCCCUGCUGCCGCAUUAUGUGAGCGUGGAUCAGAAGACUUUUGGUCGGUUUGGGGUGUUGCCGACGAGCACUCGCACCGGAGGUAGUGCAGCGACAGAGCUUGUCGGUAGCACACAGCGCCUAGGUCCAUGA